GCCCGCGGUCAAGACGAUGGAGAGAUUUGGGCGAGAGGAAGCUUGGGGAUGCGCCGGGGGCGAGGGCGAGGAGAUGAGUCCAGAGGACGGAGGCGAGGAGGAGGAGGAGGAGGGCGGGCCUGGCCAGGAGAGAUGUGUGCGGUUCAGAGCAGUGUGCGCCCCAGCAGGAAGCGAGUGCACCGAGCAAUCCCGUGCGCUUCGAUCGACUGCGUUGCAUGGGAUGUCGAUUAGAGCUUAGCUUAGCUCGUCAGCUGUGCCGGAUCGCUUCUGCAGCCAGCGCAGCGCGCACGCCCUUGUGCGCAGCGAGCGAAUGUCCGAGGGAUUGUGCUGCUUGCUCUCUCGCGCGCGCUGGAGCUCGCUGAUUGUUCUUCUCUCGCCUGUGCGCCAACCCUAGCUGCUGCUGACGGGUGUUCCCUUGUGGUCUCCUGUCUGCCGGAAUUUGCUGAAGAGGCCGUUGCCAUGCUCCCACAUUCACCUGUCCUUCCCGCAGAAUGCAAGCUCUCGGUUGUCGAUAGCUGCAUAGUGUGAAAUCGCGGGCGUACCUCUUGGAAUUUCUUCUUUUCGCAUGGCCGUGCGAAGUCUGUCAGAGCAUGCCAGUGCUCGACCAGCGGCAGUACGCCUGCAGUAUGAAUUUCGGAUGUGCUUAGAGCAGAGUCGCAAAGCUAGAGGAGCAGCUGUGGCCAGGAGUCACUUCACAGAGCUGUCCUGGAGCUGUUCGGCUUCGGCUUUUUGCCUUUUUUAGGAUUCUGUUGACAUGUCCUCGACGUCAAAACGGAUAGAACUUCAUGCCCUCAACAGAAUCACUGAGAACAGAAACGAAAAUCGGAGCUUAGGUGGUCAAUUCUUCGGCAAGGGAAGUGGACGUUUAGAGCGGUCUGCUUUUGAACCUCCUUGGUGGUGUGCCGGACUCGUCGGAAUUCAUGAUUUAUGGACAGAUUUUACAGGAAGACGGGUGUGCGCAGUGCUUUUAGUGUAAUAUAUUCUUGCUCGCAUUCAACUUGAUGGGCAGGGCCAAAGCUAUUUGUCAAGAUGGAGAUCCAGGCGCUGCAGGAGCAAUUCAGUCAGCUCAAUGCGACCGUUUACCAACUGGAGGAGAGGCUUGGUCGAAAUCACUUGAUGACCUCCAACCUUUGGAAGAUACAGGCCUCAAUUUUUGUUUUCUUUAUGCAGGUGGGCUUUUCUUUAGUGGAGGCAGGAACUGUUCGGCUGAAAAAUACUCGCAGCAUUAUGGUGAAAAAUGUUCUCGAUACUUGUGUCUGUGUAAUAGCCUUUUGGAUCUUCGGCUAUGCAUUUGGAUUUGGCUAUGGCUCCAAGUACAUUGGCUGGGAGUUCGAAAGCGGCAAAGAAGCCUUCUUCGGAUCGCGAGGACAAGUUGAUUUCUUCUUCCAGUUUUCUUUCGCAGCUACUUGUGCAACGAUCAUUGCAGGAGCUGUGGCUGAACGGACACAACUGCUUGCUUACCUUGUGUACAGUUUCUGCUUAAGUUCCUUCAUCUACCCUGUUAUAGCACACUUGAUAUGGUCCAAUUCCGGUCUCCUUAGUGCAAGCUCCGAACAUAAGGUCCUGGGGACUCAUGGAGUUCUAGACAAUGCUGGUUCCAUGGUUGUGCAUGUAACCGGUGGCGUUACAGCCCUAGUUGGAUCUUGGAUGGUGGGUCCGCGGAUAGGUCGCUUCGAUAUCGACGGAAAACCGAUACCAAUGAAGAGUCAUUCCAUGGUAUUUACGGCAGCGGGCACACUUAUUCUUUGGGUUGGCUUUUUCGGAUUCAACACAGCCCCUGUUGACUACAACAAAGAUGAUGGUCUCGCCUGGACCUCUGAACUUGCGAGAGUAGCAUGUAAUACAGCAUUGUCAGCAGCGUUCUCUGGCAUUGCUGUCUUUUCUACACAGCAGUUGAUCAGAAAGAGAUCCAAACCCGAAGACGUUUUCAACUCAGUACUGGGAGGCUUGGUUGCAGCUUGCGCUACAAGCGGUGUUGUCCGCCCUUACGCUGCUGCAAUCAUCGGGUUUGUGGCCGGAUAUGUCUACCUUGGCGGAGUGUGGGUUUUGAUGAAGUUGCAAAUUGAUGAUGUGGUAAUGGCGGCACCCGUCCAUCUAUUUUGUGGUACUUGGGGCGGACUUGCUGUGGGCUUCUUCGCCGCUCCAUAUGAGAUCCGCCUGACAUUUGGGAUUGACGAGCCUAGCGCAUGGGGAUUGUUUCACGGUGGUGGGUUAGCUCAGCUGGGAACUCAGGUCAUUGGAUUGCUAGUCGUGUACAUAUGGGUUGGAGUGACAACGUUCAUAGUUUUCUAUGCGUUGGCUUAUUUCAAUGCGCUAAGGGUUGACCGGCAGUUAGAAGAGGGAGGAUUAGAUUUGGCUUUUCAUGGAGGAUCUGACAGGGAAACGGAUGCAUGGAAUGGAGAACAUAGGAGACCUUUCAGUGUAAUCAAGGAUCGGAAAAUAUUUUCAGUCAGUAAACUUCGGUCCAGGUGUAGUAUGAUAUCCUUAUCAGGUCAGCGGAGAGGGGAGAGGUCCCUUAGAAGUUCCAUGUGGUACAAGCCGCUGAAAAGCACCGCUUAUGGAGAGUUCUCAUUUGCUAUGUACGAAGCUAAUUACUUCAUGGAGGAUGCCGGAGAGGUGGAAGCCACGAGUAGUGGCGUGUAUAUUGGCGUUCACGAUGGCCAUGGUGGUGCGGAGGCCGCCACAUUCCUCAAAGAACGUCUUUAUCAGACCAUGAAAGAUCGUUUUUUGAAACAGAAUGGAGUGGUGACUGUGGAUGCUAUCAGAGAUGCCUUUUUAGACACCGAAGAAGCAUUUGUGAAUAUUGUUAGAGAUGCGUUCCCGAAAUCUCCACAUCUUGCUACUGUGGGAUCUUGUUCAUUGGUCGCUAUAGUGAGCGGAGAUACUUUGUACGUUGCCAAUGUUGGAGACGCUAGAGCAGUGCUGGGUGCCACCCGAGGAAUCGAGGUGACAGCCAUUCAAUUAUCAGUCGACCACAACGUGAAUGACACCGAAUGCAGGGAGGCGUACAUGAAAGAGCAUGAACUUUGCUGUGGGGGUGAUAACCUAGUGUGGGAGAGGAACGGGAAGUGGAGGGUGAAGGGUAGACUGCAGUUAACGAAGUCUUUCGGGGACUUGUGCAUGAAGUACGCUGAAUUCAACAGAGAGCCAUUAUUUUCCAGGUUCCGCAUUCCAGAACCGUUCAAGCCUCCUAUCAUAUCGGUGGAUCCAUCUGUUAAUGUACAUCAGCUUACAAUCAACGAUGAGUUCCUGAUAUUGGCUUCUGAUGGUCUUUGGGAGUACCUAACCAAUGAAGAAGCAGUUGAAAUCGUGAAUACCUCUCCAAGAAAGGAUAUCGCUCGGGUGCUUAUAAAAAGUGCUCUACAAAUAGCAGCCAGGACUCGUGAAGUCCCGUACAAUGAUCUUGUCCACAUGCCCAGUGGACAACGGCGGGAAUAUCACGAUGAUAUGACCGUCAUUGUAUUUUUCUUCAAGCAUGGAUCCAGGAGGCACGAUGGAGAAAAUGGCUGGAAACAUUCCAUGUCUGUGAAGGGAGGUCAAGCAGCAAAGAUUGCUUUGAAUGCAAUCUCUGCUCACAUGCACAAAGCAUCGGGUCACCAUGGGAGAUCUCGCCCUCUGUCAUCACCCCCUCAUGAGACUGUUAUCAUUGACCUUUAGAGCUUCUUGUUCAGUCUCCUGUACAUAGGUUUGUAAAGGUCUGUGCGGGAUCUCUGGACCAUACUAGUCUUGAAGAGAAGCCUGUGUAGAUGAGAAAACGAGGGAGGUCCUCUGAAAAUUUUCUUCUGUAUGUAGAGUAAAUCACCAAUCAGCAACUACGGUUGCAACCUGGGGUUGCGAACAAAGAGCGACCCCUCAUAGCAAAUGCGAGUAAAAGUCUUGCUUCGAAUUUCGGUAGCUUCGUAAAGUGACUGCUACUCGAAUUCCUCAUGGACUGUUACCUUUUCUUUCAAGAGCUUAGAAACGAGGUUUCACCCGAGAAGCCAUCCUUAGCCAACAGCCAGGAAGGUGAUAUCAUGAGUUUGGUCGCUUGCAACGUGUAAUACUAAUCAUUUGUUGAUACUUGCGAGUCGGAAGCAUUAUGCGAUUCUUAUUUACAUCUUAUUUUUCUUGGACAGACAAUAAAGAUAAGGCUGACAAUUAUC